GGAAUAGAGACGGAAGAUAAGAGAUAAACAGUUGAAAUAAGGAUCAUGGCUACUCAGGAAAAGGUAGAGAGCAUGGAAAACUAUUUUAUAGAAGAGAUGCGGGGCCUCAAUAAAAGAGCAGUGAAUUACAUUUUGACGGAAAGUGUAAAAAAACAAGAAAAUAUUCAAUCACAAGUUGUACAAGUGAAGUCACAGAUUACAAAACAGCUAAUAGAGUACAAAGAAGAAGUAAGCGAAAGAUUGGAACAGGCUGGAAAAAGAGAAGAAAUGACCGUACAGCUUCAUGCAGAGAUAGCCUUUUGGAAAGAAAGGGCAAAUACUUUGGAUGCUAACAACAGAAAAAUUUUCGAAUCAGAUCAGGACAUGCGGAGUGAAAACGCAAAAUUGGAAAGGGAACUAAAAGUAACCAGAACAAAUUAUGAGCGAAGUAUCGACAAAUUAAAAUCAGCUGAAGAGAAAAUCGAAGAACUUUCAACGAUCAAAAAAGAAAAUUUCACAUCCAUUGAAGUAAUGAAAAAGGAUCUCCACUAUAAAUUCAAUGAAAUAAGGCGGCUACAAGCAGUUCAACAAGAAUUUACUAAAGAACAGCUUAUUUCUGUAUCAGUGGGAGACAUUUGCAGAGCAAUAUCAAGUCUACAAGACACAUUUCGUUCUAGGAUAAAAAAAGCAACGGCGAGCUUGGUGGAAAUAUUUCAAGAAGAGACUUCGAAAUUUGAAAAAACAGAGAGAGCUCAGUAUGAGCAAUUUAUUCAGCAAUCCACGGAAAAAUUCACCAAAGAGCUUGACUUGAUACGUAAAGACGCUGCUAGCGAUAUUUUGUCUGAACAGACAAAAUAUGAAGCAAUGCUGCAGUCAAUGAGAGAACAGCACGAAUUAGAUAUCAAAACCAAAAUAGAUAAUCAUAGCAGAGACAUCAAAGUACUUAUGGAGCAUCACUCUUCGAAUAUGACAAAAAAAUCUGAAAGAAUUAGAGAACUGGUAGAGGAGAAACGAACGCUGACCGAAACUAUUCAACGGUUUGAAAGUGAACUCAAUCUUGCAAAGAAACAGACUAUGAAAAUUAUUGUUCGAUUGUCAGACAUUGAAGAUGUUGAUGAAGUGCGUUUCCACCUUGAUCUUUACAGAAAAUGCAUUACCAUUUUGGAAAACUUAGAUGGAAAAGGUGACAUAACAAUUACUGCUAAGGAAAUUGAGGUCCUUUGGAGAAAAGUAAUGGAGUGGCAGGAAGAAGAUAUUCCGGACAGUAUCAAGGAAGUGCUAGACGAGUUUACAGAGAAGUUAUCAAUACAUAGAUCACAUCUGCAUUUUGAAGACAACAAUGACAAAACUUUCCAAAAGUCUGAGAAGACAGAAGGAGAGACCUUAAUUUAGUUUGGUGAAUUUCUAGAAGAAACUGUUUUCAUAGACGUUGAAAUCUGUUAUUGGUGUGUUUGAUAUUAUAAAGAUAAUACAUAUUGAAUAGUUGCAGUGUAAAGCUUAUGAUGUGAUACAAUAUAAUAUGGUGUAAUAUAAUAUAAUAUAAUAUAAUAUAAUAUAAUAUAAUAUAAUAUAAUAUAAUAUAAUAUAAUAUAAUAUAAUAUAAUAUAAUAUAAUAUAAUAUAAUAUAAUAUAAUAUAAUAUAAUAUAAUAUAAUAUAAUAUAAUAUAAUAUAAUAUAAUAUAAUAUAAUGUACAAGUAUAGUAUAGUAUACAAUAUAGUAUAAUAUAAUAUCAUUUAUACUGCACUCGGUAUAUUUGAGCAGAAUGAACUAGAAUUAUGUUUUAUGCUUAUUGUUGAUAUGUUGUACAUACUCAAACGAAUUCGUUCACCAUCGAUUGGUGUCAUUGAAACCAGGUAAUGUACAUUUUUGUGUUAUAUAUUUCUCCAGCAGAUGUGGAGGUUCUUUAAAAGGUCUUUUUUCGAAUAUUUAAAUCAACAUAAUGACAAUACAACAAUAAACUAUAAUUGAACAUUUUUUGUUCUAGAUUGCAGUAUAAAGACAAUGAUCGUGUAUUGACUUGACAUAUCAACGAUAUAAGGAUUCGGCUCGGAACGGGGAAAAAGCUCGGCGGAGCCUAAUAUUUCCCCGUUUCUAAACCUCAUCCUUAUAUCGUUGAUAUGUCAAGUCAAUACACAAUUAUUGUCUAUAUUAUAUUAUAGUAUAAGAUAAUAUAUUAUAUAACUAAAUAUAGAAUGCAUUGCUUGUGAAGUCCAGAACUUGCAAUCUUUUCCACAUGCCGUUUUGCCACGACUUUUGCUAGAGAACCUGAUGCUAAAUUAAUCUGUGUACUUUGUUGUGGUUUGUGAAAUAUACUAUACAUCAAUUGAAGAAUAAUCAGGAUGUUAAGUUGUUAAUUUCAAUGAUAUUUAAAUUCAAGCUUAAAGGUAGAAUUAUAUAUAUUUACUGACAUCAAAGCUUUUAGAUUAAGAAACAAAAAAAUAGUUCACUUUAUGACGAUGUGCAGCUGUCUUAUUUUAGACAAAAUAGUUGAAUAAUUGGUUAUUUAAGAAGACUAAUAUUUGCUCCAUAUACAAUGCUAUUUAAUACUUUAUUUGUGAACGUUGGUUUUCUUUUGUAUUAAAUGUUUUGAAAAUGA